CUGUUUUUUUUUCACCACGUUGGCAACAAUUUUGAAUCCAGUUCUAUUUUUUCUUUCUGCCUUUUGUACAGAAGUCUCCCCCCCCACCCCUCUGAAAACUCCCAAAGCCAGUAGGCGUUGUUUUCUGCUGCUUUCAUGUUUUGGUAGUAGCAACAGCUCUCUAUUUUUGUUGUUAUGUAGAGUACGUAAUAGUAGGUUUUAUGUCCAAAUGAAUCCAUACAUUAAUUAACGUAUACUUUCCCAUUCCCUGACCAAAAGUGUUGACGUAAUUAAUGACUUGAUGGGUCUUAGUUGGUGACAGGCAACCAUCGGAAAAGUUUGUCAGACACGAGCACCCCCAAAUAUACCAGGAGUUGGGAAACACAGACCUGUUCUAAUACUUGUUAACUGGACACCCAGUUGUACUGUGACGCCUGCUUUAGGACAAUACACACCACACCAAUGGAAAGUCUUAAAUACUCAGGCGGUCUGUGCUAUGAACCCUUCCACUUGCUUUCUGUUUUCACUGACUCAAAUCCUAUGCCCAUUUGGAGAACACUUUCAUUUUCUAGCAUAAUGCUGCAUUCAUAACCAAGUUGGAUGGUGGACGUUUGUAGUAUUGAAGUCAUACAUUCCAGUUGGAGGACUUAUGUUCUUUCAACAUGCUGAAAAACUGCAACUUGGCAAUGGCUAACAAGGUGCAUGAGCAACAAUUAUCGGGUGCUUGUACAUCUUGUUUUUUAAUCCAUGGUUUUAUUGCGUUUUGGUUCUGAAAAUGCUGUUAACAAGGAUGUUUCUUGGUUGACGUCAGAGGUCAGCAUAUGGAAGAAAUCUGAACUCAGUGAUAGAUAUAAUAUUGAUCGGUUGGUUGGGGAAAUCAGGUGGAUUGGUUUUUCCCCAGUCAUAUAUGGUAAAUAAAUACCACUUUCCCACCUGGUUAUGAAAUCAGCGUUAAUAUGUGUGAAGCUCCAACCAACACUGACGCUUGUUGCUACCAAUCUGUACUUGUCAAUUGGCCAGUAAUGUUAAAAUCAUCCUAGCCUCAUCACUUACAGGAAAGUGUACUAAACUUUUCACUUAACACCCAGACCCACAACAGCCCAAUCUUUUUUGUGUUUCCCUUGCGGGUCGUUGCUAUGGCUUGUUGUACCGUCUGUUGGAAUCAUGACAGGGGAUGUUAUCAAAGAGCAAAAAGCCCUCUGCUUUGAGGAUGUUCUCCCCACACCAACCAAUUACAUGUCCCUUGAUUUGAUUUGCCACACUGACCACAUACAUUUCUAAUAACACAGUACACUAGGGCAGUGACAUGAAUCCCUUCCAAAUAAUGAUUAUAAUUACUGUAGAAAUAAUAUAGUGGAUUUAUAUUGCGUUUCUCCUGAAGCCAAAGACAUGUACCUUUGCAGUUCAGAUAUUUGGGUGAAGCCUCGGCAAGCGUGCAAAGGGUAGCUAUUAUACCAUUAUGUUAUUGAGUGUCUUCUGCUACACAUCACCUGUGGGUCAUAACUAUUUCUGUAUCUAAUAUAGUAAUCUCAGCUGAUGUGCUUUGAGGCAUUCUGCAUAGGCUUAAUGACCUGCUAGAUUAGUCCUUUUCUAAGAUAUUUGUCUCUGUUGUUUGAUCUGAUAAUACUAUUCAACCAACAGGUUUUUGGGCCAUCUCCUUUUUCUUUUACCUCCACAAGAUGCCCACACUUUUUUUUUGAGUGAAGUAUAUAUUCACCACUAUUACCUCAUGAGGGCAGCACUGAUCCAACAAUAUAAAAAUGCUGAUCUUCAUGCAGUUCUUCAGCCAUCUCCCCAUGCAUAAAUAACAUCUCCCGCAAUGCAUUUCCGAGCUCCCGGCUCGGUUGACAAAUAACAACACUCUUCUCUCCAACAGAAACAGGCAGUCAGACCACGCCCAUCCAGGGUACAGGCAAUAUGGAUCUGUCCCCGACCACCAGUAGCCUAAUGGCCGGAAACGUGACCAACAAGACAGACCCCCGCUCGCUCAACUCCCGGGUAUUCAUCGGGAACCUCAACACGCUCCUGGUCACCAAGGCCGACGUGGAGGCCAUAUUCAGCAAGUACGGCAAGAUUGUGGGCUGCUCUGUGCACAAGGGCUUUGCGUUUGUCCAGUACGCCAAUGAGAGGAACGCCCGUGCCGCUGUAGCGGGCGAGGACGGGAGGAUGAUCGUUGGACAGGUGCUAGACAUUAACCUGGCUGGUGAACCAAAGCCCCACAGAUCCAAGACAGUUAAGCGCUCAGCUGGAGACAUGUACAGUUCAUCAUUUGAUUUGGACUACGACUUCCAGAGAGAUUACUAUGACAGGAUGUACUCAUACCAGUCUCGCGUGCCCCCUCCGCCUCCCCCGCUGUCCCGCGCCGUGAUCCCCUCCAAGCGGCCCCGCGUCAGUAUGGGUGGAGGCGGCGGUGCCGGAGGAGUCGGAGGGGUGAGUCGACGCACCAAGACCAGCUUCUCGUCGUCUACUGCCCGGAGCAGCCAGAACCAGAACCGGAUCUCCACCUCCACCUCGCGCACCAUGAAGGCAGACGACCUGCAGACCAUCAAGAGAGAGCUGACCCAGAUCAAACAUAAAGUGGACUACCUGCUGGACAGUCUGGAGCGCAUGGAGAAGGACCACAGCAAGAAGUCAGACAUAAAGAGUAGUGGUAAGCCUGAGCCUGGGGAGGUCUCCCCUCUCCACUGCGGAGGAAAGAAGGAGAGCCUUAAGAGGGAGCGCGAGAGGGAGAGCCAUUCUGAAGAGGAGGAGGGAGACCUACUUGAGGAAGAGGAGGAGGAGGUGAAGAGUCGCGGAAGGGAGGAUGAGGAAGAGGAGGAGGGAGAAGAAGGCGAGCAGGAAGAAGGAGAAGAUGAUGGGGAUAGCGCCAAUGGGGACGACUCUUAAACACAGCACACACACACACCCCCCUCCACACACACACGCGCACGUAGGCAUGCACACUCACGCACCCACCCUGACUUGAACUGUAUAUAACUGUACAUACUAAUGAACACACAGACUGUUGUCCUAGGUUUCCACUAUGUACUUUACCCUUUUGACUGUGUCAACUCCCGCGUAGCACAUUCAGUAAUGCUCAGCCAGUAUGUCCAAUAUUUCACCCUCUUCCUCACUCUGAAAGUAUGGCUUCUGUGUUUUACAGACCUCUUUGACCACCCAGGUUUUUUGCUAGUUUAGAUUAUGUAAAGUAAACCGACAGUGGUUCGGCCAAGAUGGUGGAUCAUAUUAUCUAUUUUUGACCCAUUAUUAUUAUGUAAUAUUCUAAUGUUAGCGAUUAAUUAAUAUAUCAUAGAUUUUUAUUAGCCCCACUGAAAUGUUUAGUUUAUGUGUUAGUUGUACGGAAUCAGGUGAGGUGGUUGAGGGCUGCAACAAAACUGUGUGAAAUGUCUGGUUACAACCAAAAGAGAAACACCAGGAGAGUAUUGGCAUGGUGACGGUGACACUAGGCGCUGUGCUGCUGUGUAUCCUACAGCAGAGGGCGCGAUGUGAGUGUUUUUUUUACAUGCUGUGAAGCUGCACGGCUGAGAUGGCCCAGUUGAAAGCUUUUACAUUUUAUAAGGACAGGAAAUGAUAAUGCAUAGGGUGAUCUCAUGCAAGGUUGUUUUUUCCAUUUUAUGCCAUUUUCACUGACCUGUAUGGUUGUCGUUGUGUUUGUUUUUCAAAAGAGAUGAGACCCUGACCUCCUCUGACCUUGAGCUCUGUAACGGGCGUUAACCUUGUUGGUUUGUUAGUCUCGGUUGCUGUGUGAUUUCAGUUGUUCAUUGAUUGGACAGUGCUGGUGAAUAAAAUAAAUAAAAUGUGCGAAUG